GUACAUGUACUUGUCCUCUUUUUUUCUUCUUGUUUUCAGAUGGAGGACGCCCGGAUCAUGCCGCAUCGUCUCGUGAAGGGGCUUCCACCGCUGGCACCGCAAGUGACUAAGAUUGCCCCGUUGGGGAGGGAUUCUGCUAUCAGUUCUGCUAACCCAAUCAAGAACAUGAUGUUUCAGUCUUUCACAUCGAAGGUACCAGAGAGCUUCACCUUUGGUUUACUACCUAAAGCCAAGAGUGUACUGCACAAUGAGGCUGGCUAUAGCCUCUGCUCAUCCUUCAAGAUAUUACUCAUUGCAAAGUCUGGUCCCAGCUUGAUUCAUGGAAGAAGAAACUUCAGCUCACCUCCUGGCACUAAAAACAUUCCCAAGGCCGUUCCUUGA